AGAGAUUAUGUUGUUGAGCCCUUAAGCUUAAACGUACACAUCACAGCGAAAUGAUCUGCCAUGUGGGUGCGGCGCCGAAUAUUUAUAUUUUCAUCUUACUUUUCAAUGUGGUUUUGCUCUAACUCGCAGCACGAGCCGUCGCAUAAUACGAAAAGGAACGCAACUUUCCCUCCAGCUUGAGUAGAGCACAGUAGUGAACAGAACCUGAUUUAAUUUCUGAGUUUAUGUGUUAUACCGCUCUAUGUGUUAUACCGCUUGUCUUUUCCUGACGUAAUUUCGAAAGUUUUCAGAACGAGAUCCGAAAUAAGAUUCUCCGUGCUGUGAGUGACAAGAGGAGGCUCGUGGACUUGCACAAAGAUGCUGUGCUCCUCGUGUGAAACAGAGAAACCGGUCCGCGAUUUUCCUGACUUGGACGUGCUGCUUGGACCCGAAGAUUUGCAGGAGUGCCUACAGUGCCGGCUGGACGCAUCAACAAUGGUAAUGAAGACGGAAGAAAGGAGAAUGGAUACAUUCCUCUUUUCUGCAACCCCGAGCUGUGACCGCGCAAAGGAGCUCCAGGCAGCACUGGUCCAGCGAAAGUGCCGGGCUCUUCUUGAAGUGAUCUCGGAACAGAAGAAGGAGAUGGACCUGCAGAGGCGCGCGGGCCGCGGAAGCGCAGAUCCGGCAGCUAAUUGCAUGGCGCUGUUUGAAGAACCCGGUGAGGUACUCAUCACGGACAUUUUGGGAAAAUAUCGAGGUCGAACUCUGUCUAGAACCAUUGGCAAAAUUUUUGGUAAAGGUGAAAGCAUUCGUCACAAGGGUGAGCUAGUACUACCGUAAUUUCAUUUCUACAUUUACUAGUUCUGGUUGCAGUUGUCUCUGCUUCUCUUUCUUCAGCUAGGGUGAUACUGCAUGACGAUGACCUGUAUCUGCUGCAUAAGAUGGUUGUCCGGAAGGGAAUCUGAAUCAUUUAAUUAUGCUGGGACAUUUCAUUUUCAUUUACAUUUUCAUUUUCAUUCGAAAGGUGGUCGAAAAUAAAUGUUGCCGGCUUUUUGACCCUCUGGAAUUUUCCUAAUAUGAGUCGGAGCCGUUUAUUUCUGUUGACACCUUCUAAAGCCUGCGUAAGCGUAUAUAAACUGCCCCCGCCGAGAGACAAAUCACUGCGCACCGCAUGUCUACAUCACACCAAAAUUUACCUUGCGUUCGCGACUAAUGUUUUCUCUCUCACAUGAAAUCGUACCAACUUCCGGUCAGCGGCUCGCACUCUCUCCGCGAUGUUCGAAAGAAGAUCGAGACGAAGUUCCAAGUUCCCGAGCGGAACCAGAAAUUGCUUCUCAACGGAGAGGAUGUACUGCAGCGGAAAGUUGGGAACUCACAAGAUUCUUCUUCCAAUGUCUCGCCCGCGGCGGCUGCGAAAUUUUGGCGGGACGUCCGAGUGCCGCCAGGAUCACACCUCCGCCUGGUGUGGCGAAUGUUCGAGGGCGGUGUGGGCGAAGGCGGCGUAUCGGACACUACGAGGCUGCGGUUUGACCUGAAGUGGAAACACCCAUCCGAUGCGAUGCCCUACGCGAGGCACUUGAACGGUAUCUGUGUCGCGAUAGGACGAACCCGAAAGGGAAAAAAACUGCAUCACGUCGAUUUCCGAGGGUAAGAAGUUUGUGGAGGUUUCUCUACAUUUAUAUUAAACAACUAUGUGGUUCUGGAUGAAUUCGGAACCAGAUGAAUUUUCUCUUGCUGCCGACUUUCCACACAGGAUUUCCUGGAGUAGACCGCGUAGUACGGCAUUUAUUGAUUUGAGCUUUUUUAUUGAGAAUGUGAAAUUGGAUGACAUAAGCUUAAGCAUAAUUAGACCUCCGCACACGCACCGUAUCUCUGCGACUGUAAAAGCAGGGCACAUGUUUACGUAUAGUAGAUUAAUCUCCUGGGGCGGUGUGAGUAUCAAUGUUUCAACGACUCUACCAAAUCGGGAACCGAACCUAGAAUCCUCGUCCGGGCCCUGCUCACCGCCUCUACUACUACUUCUCCAAUAUGCAUAUACUUUGCAAGUAGCACGACCAUGAUCAUGGAAAGGAGGAUGGAUCACUACAUUAUAUCGAUCGAUCUUAAAAAAUGUAAGUGAAGCCUAAAUAUACCAAUAUGAUGAAUCCACACUCUCAGGAAGGACGAGGUCAGUGGCAUUUAUCACGCUGGAUGUUCGCAGCCAACUGGAAAAAGGUGCGAGAAGAAGCAAACUAUUGAGAUUUACCUGGAUGAAGUGCCCGAUGCUAUCCACGGAAUGUACUUUUUCCUCGCAACUGGGGCUGAUAUCGACGGUUUCUCGCACCUGGAGGUGGAGCUGCGAGAUGUGACAAGCAACGUUGUUCUGGAUAGAGCACCCAGUCGGGCGCAGUCUAGCGGAUGGGAGCGUGCGGUCCUACUCUGCUGUGCGCGCAGAAACGAAAGUGCGGUCGGCUGGGAUGUCGAUGCAAUUGGGCAGGACGUCAGUGGAUCAGUCUCCCAUACUCGGCAGCGCUUUCAAGAAAUUGAUGCCUUGGUACAAAAGCUUGAACGGAUAUGAGACGUCAGCCGGGCCACUGUCGAAACCUCAGUUCGCUCCUCUUGCCGUCGACUUCAGAAAGUUGCGACGCAUCCACAUGCAUGUUUCGAAACAAGUCCGUAAGCCUGCGUGCGCGCUCGAGGAAUAGGUCUGCUUCAUGCUUUCCUUCGAAUCUGUGACAUUUCCGUCUCUGCAGAUGUAGCAACAAUGUUCAUUACAAACACAGCGGUACAGAAGAAUUUGAAUUAGUUUUGUGUUGCAUGGCCGUUGGUCCGGUGUCGAAGAUACUUACUUCAGCUUUUGGUGAAGCGGAUCUUUGAAUUACGUAUGCGUCAUCCACAUCUUCUUGACCACUUGCAUGACUGGUUAGCGGAAACAUUUCUGUAUUUAUUUUACCCCUCCGUGCAUGGCAUAGACAUGAUUGCCGUCUCAAUCGAUGUGAAAACUAUAUAAUUUGCCGGGAUGCCGAUGCGAUCAAGAAAGUGGAGGCAAUUGAAGCUUGCUGGGGCUGCGACGCUUUUUUUGUCCGUCGAUAACGCGCCUUCCACCUGUAGAAGGUAAAGCAAACUAGGCGAACGAAGAUAAAGUAGAGCAGAUUGACAUUGAGUGACUUGUUUGUGACUAGAGAAGUACAUAUAAUCUGGGUUUCCAUUGGUCCACUAGCUUGAUUUGGUUUCAAGCAGGAACAUGAGAGAUCCGCGCACCACCACCAGUUCCUGUCCGCACAAGAAGUUCGCGUAAGAUGCUUCUUUGAUAAGAACCGAUGGUGCCGAUGGGAACGAGAAAGCUCUAUUUCUAUACCAGCCAAAUCGUAAAAAUACGAACGAAAAUCGCCCUCGGGCCUCAUUCCGAAGUACAGUAUAAUCGUUUGGUCGCGCAUUGGUUCAUUUUGCAGCCUUUGGCGUAACCGGUUUUUCUUUUGAUCCGGGCAUGAUGUUGGACGGAUGCCAAUAGUGCGCAGCAGUCAGUGCUAAACCCAGAGUUCGAUCAUCAGAUAGUCAAGUACUUGGAUUCGAACUCGAACAUACAAUGUCCAAACUAGACACGUAUGUAUGCUUUGAUGACACGUGGGUCGCGCUCUGCCCACCACGCUUUUUUCAUGCAUGACAAGGUUUUGGAAACCAGUAACAAUGCCGUCGCACUGAUCGAAAUUUUUUUGAAUACUUAUUUAUGUUUAUCAUAAUUAUAUCCUCCAGCUGCCAUGGUGCCGGCACUUCAACAGAUCACGAUCAGCUUACCGCUUCAGGAUGAGUAGCUUUCUCCGUCAGCGUGACGCUUCGGCGGGCUCAGAACAAGUUCUUUCGCCUGCAUUUCGCUCCAGUGCAGAACCAGACCCCGUUAGGUUCUCCUCUUGUCGGCGUUGUACACAGAUGCAUUCGAGAUCGGGUUGAUCGCUUGCAUAACAAACCAUCGAACACUCCCAG